UGAGUUUUAAGAUAAAUAUUUUGAAUUUACCUUCAUGCUUCAAGUACAUUUUUUUAGAUGGAGUAAACAAAAAAGAGAAGGAAAGCUAGUUACCAUUUUUUGUGAAGAUGCUAAUCUAACUGAUGACAUGAUUGAUCUGACUGAUGAUGCGAGACAUACAAGUCAAAAUAAAGAUGAUGAUUUAAACAACGAUAUUCAGCUCAUAGCAAAGGAGUUAGCAGCUGAUUUUCAAAUUGGUGAUUGGGUUGCUAUUGAAUAUAAUAUGCAGUGGUAUCCUGCAAUAAUUCAAAGUGUCAAUCGUGACAAUGUUCAUGUUUCUUGUAUGGAAUAUUCGACUAUAACUGGAAAAAACUGUUUCAAGUGGCCAACCAAAGAAAAUAUUCUCCAAUAUUUAUAUCUUGACGUUAUUUGUAGGAUUGAUGCACCAACACCAACUAAUCAAAGAGGGGACUAUUCUCUCUCAAUAGACGAUAUGUAUAACAUAGAAAUUCAGAUUGACAGAUAAACUUCUUUAAAACUUUAUUUGGUUUGCUUUCUUAAACAAGUUGUAUUUGAAAAAACGUUUAUCCGAAAUUUACAUAAUUGUUUUAACAAUGAUAUAAACACUUCAAAGUGUGUGAUGUUUGGAUCUUUUUCUCAUUAAAGAAGCUUAGAAAAUAACUUUUAUCAAGCGCUUUUAUACAGUUUUUUGUUAUAAAAAUGUAUUUUUUAUUUAUUUUUAAUUAGAGUACUAAUUAUUAACGAAUUAUAGAAGCCGUUGCUAAGCAUAUCUAUGUCGUUGCUAGGGUAUUUUGUUGGUUAAGAAUGUGGCAAAAUUAGACUAUUUCUAGGACUUCUCUAGGCUUUUUAUCGCUUAAGCACAUGAAUUUUUUUUCAGAUAUUGGAAGAUGCAUGUAUAAGGAAACGAAAUAACUUAUACAUUUCAUGGCAGACCUAAGGCCACGAUUGUUAUUUGUAAUCUAACAAAGCGUAUUAACCGCGAAAUUUCAUUUUUGGAAGCUUACUCUUUCCCAGGCUCUUGCAUACUCAUAAUUUUUUUUCUAUAAAUUCAAUGUAUACCUUAUUGGCUUUCAAAAGCAGUUAAGUAAAUUAUGUGCAAGUAAUGGCCUUAGGAGAUAUAAAUGGUCAAAGUACGGGUAAAAUUUCAAAUUUAGCGGUUUUGAACCGUGAUUUCUAGACAAUAAAAAAUGUAAACAUUUUGAAUUUUUAUUUUAACCAGAGAAAUCCACUCAGAGUAGUAGAAAUAAGAAAAAUAAAUGAGUUUCUCAAAUUCAUAUUGCUAAAAUUGCCCCUAAAAGUAGUAAUUCCGUUCCAUGCACCAAUAUUUUUACAAAAUGGGCCAAAUUUCGGCCCCCGAUA